UGUUUCUUCAGCAAAACUUGCAAAACUUGAAAAUCUUGAAAAACAGGGUAAAGGUUUUAUGGAUAGAACAAUGUUCAAUUGUUCUAGUUCACCAAUCAAAUUGUUUGUCACACCAUGGCAAUUUAGAGAUGAGGAGCACAGACUUUAGCAAGCCAGUUUACGAUGGAGUUGGUAAAAGAAGUACGAAUGUUUGUCAAUGGCACAGAAUAUGUCGUCAUCAACCCUGAACCGAAUUUGUACCUUACAGACUGGCUGAGAGAUAAAGUAUUCCUGAAAGGUGUCAAGAAACUUUGCAAUGAAGGAGGCUGUGGUAUCUGCAUAGUUGCAAUUUCAAAAGAUGAUCCCAUUGCUCACCCACAGUCAAUUGUUGCUGUCAAUUCAUGUCUUCAGCCUGUAAUCUCUCUUGACGGAUAUCACAUUAUAACUGUUGAAGCCCUUGGAAGCAAAAGGAAAGGUUUUCACAAAAUUCAAGAGAGAUUCUCAGAAUAUUUUGCGAGUCAAUGCGGAUUUUGUACUCCUGGAAUUGUAAUGAAUGGCUUCAGCUACCUUGCUAACGACUUGAAUGGGAGAAGCAAGGAAGAUAUUGAAAAAACACUGGAUGGAAACAUUUGCCGCUGCACAGGUUAUAGACCAAUAUUGGAUGCAAUGAAAUCAUUCUCAAAAGACAUAGCUGACAUUGAGGAUUUUCACAAGAUCAAAUGCUGCAUAAAGAACUGUGUGAAACCGAAGCCAAAAAUUGUUGAUCUCAGCUUAGAGAAAGUUUCAAACAACCGAUGGUACAGCCCGGAAUGCCUUGAUGAUCUUUUUGCAACGCGAAGAAAGAUUAAUGGCAACCCGGUCAAACUUACCGCAGGGAAUACUGGGAUUGGCGUUUUUAAGAAUGAAGGCCCAUUUGCUACUUAUGUCAGUCUAAGAAAAGUGAAGGAGAUGAAAGAAAUUAAGAAAUCUGACAACGAGAUUGAAAUAGGAGCUGGCGUGACCCUCUCGGAAUUGAUUAUAUUUCUGAAGAAAAGCUAUCCAGAUUCAUCUGCCUUUGCGGCAGUUGUGCAGCACUUAGAAAAAAUUGCUUCAAUUCCAGUUCGAAAUGUAGGGACAUGGGCAGGCAAUCUUAUGCUUAUAAACCGUCACAAAUAUUUUCCAUCUGAUGUCUUUGUGGUAUUCAGUGCAAUUGGUGCCAAUUUGCAGAUAACUGACUCGUCUGGUUCGACUACAAUCAUAGGCAUGGAGGAGUUCUUUGUCACGGACAUGUCAUUUAAGAUAAUCGUUUCAGCAACUUUGCCAGUAUUGGAAAAUCACGAAGUAUUUCAAACUUUUAAAAUUAUGCCAAGGAAGCAGAAUUCUUAUGGUUAUGUCAAUGCUGGUUUUUACGCUGCUUUUGAUAAAAGCAAUAUGUUGUUUACUGAGAAGCCUCGCUUGGUUUUUGGAGGAGUUGGCCUUGCGAUGGUGAGAGCUACUGAAUUGGAAAACUUUUUGGAUGGAAAAAGAGCUGUAAACGAAGUUUUUACAGACGCCGUUAAAUUGCUGCAAAAGUGUUUGGAGGCGAAUCCAGAGGACAAACUUGUCGGUUUUGAUUACUGCAAAAAUGUUGCAAUAAACCUUUUUUACAAGUUUUGGCUAUUUUUGAGGAAAGAGACAGUGCCAAAGAGAUUGCUGAAUGCAAUUGAAAGUCUUGUUCCAACUGUUUCAUCCGGCACACAAUCCUUUCACGUUUCGGAAGAUGAAACUUCGUCUAUUCACAAACCUUAUGCCAGAAUUGAAGGAAAAAUCCAGGCAUCAGGAGAAAACCAGUAUGUAGGAGACAUUCCUGCUUUCGAAAACGAGGCUUAUGCUGCAUAUGUGCUGUCAACCGUGGGCAGUGCGACUUUGGAUAUGAUUGAUGUGACUGAGGCAAAGAACCACCCAGGAUUUGUGGCGUUCAUUUCGGCUAAAGAUGUCCCUGGAGUAAAUUCCUGGAGAUAUGGCGUUGAAGAGAUUUUUCCUACCAAAGAGAUUUCUUACUAUGGUCAGCCAAUUGCUCUUGUUGUUGCAACUUCACAAAGAAAUGCAGAAAUUAUUGCCAAAAUGGUUAAAGUCAAAUACAGUAAUGUGAAAAAGCCAGUUACGACAUUGGAGGAGGCGAUUGAAAAAGAAUUAUUUUAUCCAAUCCGCUUUCCAGACAUUAAAGUUGGAAACACCGAGACUGCUUUUGCAGAAUGUGAUCAUGUACUUGAAGGUGAAGCUAAGUGUGGAUCACAGCAUCAUUUUUAUAUCGAGCCUCAGACCUGUUUGGUUGUGCCUUAUGAUAUUGGUUACAAGGUCUACAGCGCCACUCAGUGCUCCAAACUAGUCCAGGAGUGUGUAUCAGGUGCUCUUGGAAUGAAGGCAAGCAGCAUUGAUGUUCACGUACCUCGUAUUGGCGGUGGUUUUGGCGGCAAGUUCGAAUACCCUGCCAAGAUAGCAAGCGCUGUUGCUGUUGCUGCUCAUUCUUUAAACAGGCCGGUACGAAUGAUUAUGUCAUUAUCAGAUAACUUAAGCUUGGUUGGCAAACGUGCCCCUUUUAUCGGAAAAUACAAGGUUGGUUUCUCAAAGGAAGGGGUACUACAAGCAUGCGAUGUUACAUUAUUCAACGAUUGCGGUAGUUUGAAUACUAAUCAUGACUGUUUCUACGCAUCCAAUCAUGUUGCGAAUGCUUACUUUUGCCCGAACUGGAACAUUCAUAUCGUGGACUGCAAAACAAAUACGCCGUUUAAUACGUUCUUCCGUGCCCCAGGGCACUUUCAAGGCAUAUUUAUUUGUGAAAGUAUCAUCGAACACGUUGCAUCAUUUCUUGGAAAAGAAAAUUCAGAUGUAAUCAAAGAGCAAAACUUCUACAAAAAUGGACAGAUAGCUAAUAAUGGAAUAGAGGUCUCAAACUGCUUGCUUAACAAUAUUUGGAAUGACAUGAAGAUAAUGUCGAAUUACGAGGAGAGGCGCGAGAAGAUUGAUCAGUUUAACAAGGAUAACAGGUGGAAGAAGAGAGGAAUCUCAAUGAUGCCUUUGAAAUAUGACACGGCGUAUGCAACUUUCAACUUCACCACGAUGGUCUCGAUUUACUAUGCAGAUGGCACAGUUGCUGUGUCUGUGGGAGGCAUCGAGAUGGGCCAAGGAAUGAAUUCAAGGGUUUGUCAAGUCGUGGCCACCCAGCUGCAGAUACCCAUGGAUCUAAUCACUAUUAAGCACCAUUCAACCAUAACGGCUCCUAAUUCUUACGAAACAGGAGCAAGUAUUUCUUCGGAGAUCAACUGUAUGGCAGUCAAAAAAUGCUGUGAAAUACUAAAGAACAGAAUACAGCCAUUAAAAGAGAAAUAUGCAGAAGCAUCUUGGCAAGAACUGAUACAAGAAUGUGCCAAAGAAAGAGUGGAUUUAUCUGCUCAAUACAUGUAUUAUGCUCCAGAAAAGAAGAAGUUUGCUUAUUCGAGCUACGGGGCAUCGUGCUCUGAAGUUGAAAUAGAUGUGCUAACGGGGGAGCAUUGGAUAUUGCGAUCUGAUGUUAUUUAUGACUGCGGAGAGAGUAUUAACCCCCGGCUUGAUAUUGGACAAGUUGAAGGUGCUUUCGUGAUGGGCAUUGGCUAUUGGUUCACAGAAAAGGUUGCUUAUGAUAAAGAAUCAGGGGAACAGUUAACGACAAGUACAUGGAACUACAAGCCUCCGAUGUCUCAAGAUAUACCGAAAGAUUUUCGAGUCAAAUUGAACCAUGAUGUAGUUAACCCAAUUGGGUACAUCAGAUCAAAAGCCGUUGGUGAACCUGGCAUAUGCUUGGCCACUUCCUGUUUGCUGGCUGCAAGAAAAGCAAUUGAAGCUGCUCGAUCAGAAUUGGGGCAUUCUCAAAAAUACCUGCAAGUUGAUGGUCCUGCCACUGUUGACAAAAUCCAAUCGUCGUGCCAAGUUCAAGUCAGAGACUUGACAAUUUAAAAAAGAAUUUAACAGAUGAUCAAGUCAGUUGCUAUUUUCUAUACCGCGUUUUAUAUAGAUUUUAUACAAAACGUUUUUCUACAGAUGUUACCGUCCUUACAAAGUGACAUUAUAGUGUUAAAGUGAUACUGCAUCGUUAAGUGACUUUGAUAGGCAAGCUAUCAUGUAUCUGUAGUCAAAACCGUUAUGAUCACAAAAAUAUUUCAUAGAAAUGUUAUUUCAUAAUGUACGCUAGUCGUAAUCUCUGUUUAUAUCGGCAAUCUUUGUAACGUGUCUCAAUGUACAAUCAUUUAUCUUAAUGCAUGUAGUUAAAAUUCUUAUAUUAGUCUAAUAAUACACCUCUCAUUGCUUUGAAAGCUACAGUGUUUAUUCGCACUUCAAUAUUCCAUAAUAAUCUCACACAUAGAAUGAUGUACAGCUAAGCGAUAGUAUUUGUCGCCAAGUGACUUGUAUAAAUUUAUGGCGCUGUAUUCAAUAUACUAGACUUGGAAAGAAAGAGGGAUUUCAGGAUCAGUUAGAACUGUUUUCCAUUACCUUGUGAAUUUAAUGAUUUAAAUGAUACGUUGCUGGUGAAGUCUCAUUAUACACGCGUUGUCACCAACAGUAAACAUUUUCGAUUCUCUAGCUCUUAAGAUGCUAGGAACUCCCUCUAAAACUACUCUUUGCGGAUGAAUUUUGCUGUUUAUCGGUUAAACCACCCUCUUAAAAAGAGAAUAAAUUUCAGCUUAAAUGGAGAUUAGCCACAAGAUACUGCGUUUAACGAGGUUCAUAUAAACGAGGUUAUAAUAUGAUGGUGUAUCGUAUAAGAGAUAAUGUUUAUAAGAUCUUCGUACACGUACGUACGCUAGUCGUACAUUUUUGUCACAUUUAAUGAUUUUCAUUUUUGAAAAUAUGAUUUAAAGUUUAUAGUACUUGCAAGUUUAACUUGAUUAUAACGACGUUUUUAAAGUUUUCAGUGGUUUUGUACAUCCAAGCGUAGUUUACUGUA